GGGAAGGCGGCAGAAAGAGUAGGGUAGUGAUGUUUCCCAAGAACAACAUAACUACUGCCCUUGCAGCUCGUAAGAUGCUGCAGAUGCUGCAGUCUACUGAUGAUGGAGACAAAAAUCGGAUGGGAAAAUCAUGUUCGAAGGACGAUAUAGUGAUAUUCCAAGGUUCAUCGACUCCGCUCCCGAGUGGAAUUCCGUCGUACACGGUUCAAAUCCUCAACUCCUGCGUCUCCGGUUGCAGCAUUGCCGACAUUCACCUCAGCUGCGGCUGGUUCAGCUCUGCCCGGCUCGUAAACCCUCUUGUUUUCCGGCGUGUCCGCUAUGAUGAUUGCAUUGUUAAUAAUGGCGACGCUCUUGGUCCUGGACAAACCCUCUCCUUUCAAUAUGCCAACACUUUUCCUUACCCGCUUUAUGUCUCUUCUGUUUCUUGCUGUUGAUCCAUGAGAUCUACCACCAGUAGAAAUAGAAUAUCGGUGUAAAUUUUUGCUGCUCUUGUUUUCUUCUACUAAUAUUAUUAGCAGAGGGUUUGUGGUAAAUUGGGUUUCAACUUUUGGAUCCUGGGCAUGCGCUGGCUUCUCAUAUUUUCUACCUCAUGGCCCAAAUUAUUCCUGUAUGGUGUUCAGAUUUAUAUCUAUUUUAUCAACAUAACAAGACAUAUAUAUACAUAUGCAGAGAAAGAGAGCUCUGCUUCACAAGAAAAUUGCUAAUUAAUCAAUUCUGUAGACAAAAAAAAAAAAAA